AUGCACCUUACACCCGCCAAUUUCCAUUUGCCCCACGUCGCGCUCAUGUGCACUGCUUUAGUCGUGAGCUCCUUCAGCCUCGCACCCUUGCUCGCUCUCAUCAACAACAUUUUGGAGAUCCGAGUUGAUGGCAAGAAGAUGGUGCGUGACUUGAAGACUCCUUUGCUUCUGCUGUCAAAAGGCAAACGCCACUCACGCCUCGUGCUUAUUAUGGCCUGCCAGUUGACGCUGUUCUUGCGCGCACCGGCGGAGCGUGCCAACACGAUUGGCAUUUGGAACAACGUCAUUGGCUUCAUUGCCACACUCUCUGUCAUCACCAACGACUUCGUCGACCGCCGUGUGUAUGCUAGUCGCAACGGCGGCUCUAUGAAUGGCUACAUCCUUUCCAUCUAUUCGCCCUCCCCGCUCGAGAACUCCGACUCGCCCAACCUGGAGGAUUGCUACUAUGCCGGCGUGUACGAUGAAAAUGGUGAGCGCAACACUUUGUAUUGGGAGAUCUGGUUUGCCAAGGCGGCCUUCUUCAUCAUCUUUGAGCACUCGGUCUUUUUGGUCAAGUACAUUGUGCAAGCCGCAUACCACAAAGUUCCCCGCUCCAUGCUGCUGGUCUGUGUGCUGAUAGGGGUCCGAAUUGCAAAGAAGCGUGAAGCCUUUUUGGCCCGUGCCAUCAUGGAAGGCCUCGAACCAGACCACUACACCAAGAGUUGUCUCCUCUUCAUUUGCUUGGCGCACUCAAUGUUUUUUGUGCGGCAGGCACAAGAACAUGAGGUGCAGGAUGUAGAGCAAAAUACCGAGGCCGCAGCCAGCAAGCAGGAGCAAUUCUCUACUGUGGACGAAAAUAGUCUUGCGGGCGAUCAGGCUGACAUUAAUAGUGAGCCGUAUUAUCCUUCGCUGGGCAACUCCCAGUCAAAGGGAGGGCCAUACUACCAGGAGUCUACAGCAUGA